UGGCCGCCGGCCCAGCCCCGCCCCAGGGCUUCCUCCCCGUGGGUUCCGUUGGCUGUGGCGGCUACUGAGGCUGUGGCGGCGGUGGCUGUGGGGCGGGCGUAAGAUGGCGACAGCGGCGGCAGGACCCCUAGGCCUGCUGUGGGGCUGGCUGUGGAGCGAGCGCUUCUGGCUGCCUCAGAACGUGAGCUGGGCUGACCUAGAGGGGCCGGGCGAUGGCUACGGCUACCCACGCGCCCAACACAUCUUCUCGGUGUUCCCGGUGGCGGCGGGCAUCUUCUCCGUGAGGCUGCUCUUCGAGCGGUUUAUUGCCAAACCCUGUGCACUCCAUGUUGGCAUCGAGGACAAUGGUCCUUAUCAGGCCCAACCCAAUGCCAUCCUUGAAAAGGUGUUCAUAUCUAUUACCAAGUAUCCUGAUAAGAAAAGGCUGGAGGGUCUAUCAAAGCAACUGGACUGGGAUGUCCGAAAAAUCCAAUGCUGGUUUCGCCAUCGGAGGAAUCAGGACAAGCCCCCAACGCUCACUAAAUUCUGUGAAAGCAUGUGGAGAUUCACUUUUUAUUUAUGUAUAUUCUGCUACGGAAUUAGAUUUCUCUGGUUGUCACCUUGGUUCUGGGACAUCCGACAGUGCUGGCAUGGCUAUCCAUUUCAGCCUCUCUCACGUGGGCUUUAUUACUAUUAUAUCAUGGAAUUGGCCUUCUAUUGGUCUCUUAUGUUUUCUCAGUUCACAGACAUUAAAAGAAAGGACUUCCUGAUCAUGUUUAUGCAUCAUUUGGUCACCAUUGGGCUUAUCACCUUCUCCUACAUCAACAAUAUGGCUCGGGUGGGAACUCUGAUCAUGUGUCUACAUGAUGCCUCAGACUUCUUGCUGGAGGCAGCCAAGCUGGCCAAUUAUGCCAAGUAUCAGCGGCUCUGUGAUACCCUUUUUGUGAUCUUCAGUGCCGUUUUUAUGGUCACUCGUCUAGGAAUCUAUCCAUUCUGGAUUCUGAACACGACCCUCUUUGAGAGUUGGGAGAUGAUCGGGCCCUAUGCUUCCUGGUGGCUCUUCAAUGGCCUUCUUCUGACCCUACAGGUUCUGCAUGUCAUCUGGUCCUAUCUAAUUGCACGAAUUGCUUUCAAAGCCUUGAUGCGGGGAAAGGUAUCUAAGGAUGAUCGCAGUGAUGUGGAAAGCAGCUCAGAAGAAGAAGAUGGGACCACCUGCACAAAAAGCCCCUGUGACAGUAGCUCCAGCAACGGUGCCAAUCGGGUAAAUGGUCACAUGGGAGGCAGCCUCUGGGCUGAAGAGUAAGGUGGUUUGUAUGGGGACUUAAGCAUUCAUGGACUUAUAGGGCCAUUGGCAACAUACUCCUUUUGGGUCUCCCAACAUCUACUCUUCUGUGACUGGGGGACUGCGGGCACUGAGGAGACUCAAAGAAGCAAAUAUUUUCACUUUUUUAAAAAACUCUGCCAUUUUGUAUUUAAUAGCCUCCAGAUCCUUUCAGUAAUGUUAUUUGCUGUGUGUGUGUUUGUGUAUGUGCAUUUGUGCAUAUGCAUGAGUUUCAUUGCCUGGGUUGGGGCAUAAUUCUGGACUGGGGCCACUAGGCCUUGCCUUUGAACCCACCUCAAUCCCAGAGUUGACUGCAUCUUGAAUUACGCUGGCUCCAGACUAUCCCCCUUCCUUUUUGCCCAUGGCUCUUGAGGCUCUAAACUCCUGGACCGUCUGAAUGGAGCUGCCAAGUUCAGCUCCUGGUUUCUGUACUGUUCUUCUUUCGGAGCUGGAAUAUUUCACAAGAUGAAGUUGUAAAGAAACAGAACCGUGAUGGAUGGCCAGGACUGCUGUGGCCCCUCACUAGAUCCUCUUCCUAUCACCUGAUAGUGACAGGGACAGCUGCUGAUACCCUGCUCUUUACUCAAUGGUACGCAGGGAGUGGGGUGUGGGAGAGGGUGAGCCGAGGGCUGGAGGAGGACAACAGCCACUGGGUGAGCUGUUGAUGGUUUUAUAUAUUGUUUACUCUUCUGUGAAUAAAAGUGCUUCAACCC